CCCAUCUAACCAUACUUAUUCCCACGCUACCCUCAGUAUCUCAAAUAGAUCCUUUCUGUCCCAAAUUAUCCACCAUCUUCAACAAAAAAUGACAGACAAGAAAUUUCAUUAUGUUUUGGUCGGAAAUAUUCCAUCCAAAUUUCACUCUGUGGACCUUCGUUCGUUUUUCUCGCAAUUUAUAGAAACAGAGAAGUUCGACUGCUUUCAUUUUCGCCACAGACCCGAGGUUUUAAAGCGAAAAAUCGACAUAGAAAAUGGAGAUAAUUCAGAAUUAACGAACGACUUCAUAAAGGGAAAAACUACUUGUUGUGUUGUUCGGUUAAAGAAGGAAAAUGUCAAAGAAUUACUCGAGAUUUAUGACGGUGAAAAUUGGACGGAUAAAGACGGGAAGUUGUGUGCUCAAAAGGCUGUUAUAUCUAGGAUAAUUAUUAAAAGUGGUGGAAUGUGUAAGUGGACGACAAACAGACACAUUAUUAAACAGACAGACACACACAUUAACAGACAGACAGACACUGAAUAGACAAACACAUACAACAAAUGUUUGCACGUGAGGAUAAGCAAUCGUAGCCUGCAUGGCAGGCGGUACGUAGGAAAUACCGCCUGCCGCAAAACUGGGUGUAAAUGAACUACCGCCCCUGAAGCAUCAACGCUAUUUAUAGAUGCAUUAAUUAAGUAAAUAUUCAAAAUUAGCCACUCCCAAGCUGCUCCCAAGUCCCAACUGCCCAACAUAAAAUAAAUUCCUUGAUUCUUAUCACCGCCCGACUGAAUUUUAAAAUCCUCGUGAAAACGUUUUAUUUUUCGUUAUACAAUAUAAAUGUACCGCCCGACAAAAUAAUUCAAGACAGUUAAUUUUUUUAUAUUUUAUAUAGGGUUUUUAGUGCCAAUUUAAACUUCCAAUUUCAAACAAACAGAAUUUUGAAUGAAAUUUCAUUGUAUUUUAAAGAAACUCAGUCAUUUUGUCAUUGUUUGUGGAGAUACGAACUAUUGAUAUAUAAAUUAUAUAAAUAUAAAAUAUAAAAAAUAAAUCUCCCACUGUCUUCGACAUUUCAAAGUGUAGACUGUGUCUAGUGAUGAGAAUUAAGGAAUUUAUUUUAUGUGUUUAAUAAUAUAAACCAAGCCCGUUUAGCCGUUUAGCUGCCUUAAAACGGUGGUUUAAUUUAAUAAGCUCAAAAUACUGAGCAUGCAAGUCUAUACUAUAGAUUCAUCAUCAGUCAACAACCAAACUAAAAGUAUUGAACCUUAUAGAACGAUAGUUUUUAUUUGUUUACAACUAUACAUAUUCAACGGGUAUAUAAGAGUUUAACAGUUAUUUGAUAAUUACUGCAUCAACCGGCCCCUUGUUUAUACUUUGGAGGUUCGUAUAUAAUAUCUAUCAAGUAUCUUUGGUUCAGAACAUGACUGAUAGGCCUAUAUGGAAAUCCCACUGUUCGAUUCAGUGAAGAAAUAUCUCCUAAUUUCUAUCGAUAGUUUUAGUAAAAUGUCAACAUUAUUGCGAUUUAUGGCCUUUGAAAGUCAAGCGAGAUAGUAUAUUAUCAAAUUAAUACGCAUGUAAUUGUCUGAACGAAAAUAUAGACUAGCCCAUACCUUUCGCCGAUCAUAACUUCGGCCUCUUCGGACGUAUCUUCUUUGUUAAAUAUUCUUGUUCGAAUCUCUAUCAAUAACACUAUUUAGAGUGUUAUUUUUCAGCUUGUAUCUUUUAAUUUGCUUCUUUUAUUAUGUUAUUCCAUUUCUGGUCUGACUUGACGUGAACUAAUUUCAAAACGCAGAGUUUCAAAACGUCAAAACUUUUGGUUAAUGAUUAACAUUUAACCGAAUUUAGCCGUUGAUUGACAACUACAUAAAAAUACUAACCAAUCCGUUUUUCCCGUUCACCAGCGGACGGGUAAUUCAAAAACCCCUAGUUUUGCGGCAGACGGUAUUUCCUUUGCUUCCCUAAUUUUCGCUGCCCGUAGAAAUACCGCCUGCCAUGCAGGCUAAAGCAAUCGCAGAUCAAAUCGUUGUCUACAGGGUGAAAAAAAAGGAGACCUUUAGAAAUCAACCAUAUUGUUAAAAUUUGAAUGCCUUUUCAAUUGCACAUAUGCUGAACCUGAUGGGGUGCAUAUAUUAGAAAAAGGAGACCUUUAGAAAUUGAAAUAAAUUUAAACAAAAGAUUUUCUGCUCCUGGGAACAAUCUUCCAUGCAUACUGUAUGCACUCGUGGGCUUAGCAAAGUGCUCCAGGAUUCAAAUUAUAACAAUGGUUGAUUUCUAAAGGUCUCCUUUUUCUAAUAUAUGCACUCCAUCAAUAUUUCACGCACCAUGGUUCAGCAUAUGUGCAAUUGAAAAGGCAUUCAAAUUUUAACAAUAUGCUUGAUUUCUAAAGGUCUCCUUUUUUUUAAUACACCCUGUAGAUUUGACCAUACGGUUUCAUGCGAGACUGACAAUAUUAUUACCUGCAACUGCUUAUCAUUAGAUGCAAAUGAUGGUAAAUCUGAUUGUGAUAUAAUGCAUGUUUUUCAGCCAAUGGUGUGUAUAAAACCAGGAAAGAACAAAGAGAUCACACAAGAGAGAAAAUUGAGUUUAUCAUGGAUGACUUAUUAAAACUAUCCGAGCUACACCCACCAUCAUUUAUGCCAAGUGGCAACAUAGGUACAAGCCUAAUGACCUUUAUGAGCUUGAUCAGAACUUGUCGACUGCCACCACAUGUAAUUAAGAAAUUGGGUCUCAGUUUUCCAAGUAGCCGCAGCAAGCAUUGUUAUGGUAAUGUCAGGCUUGAUUAUGGUAAUGAUGCUAAUGAAGGGGGUAUUUCGUUAUGCCCUGAGGAUGGUGUUAAGAAAAAUGCAAAGGAUGAAAGUGUUGAAUCAGAAGAAACUUCUGUGGAAAGGACGUCAAUUCAACAUAACUCGUUAGGUCCCUCGUUAAUGGACAGUAAUCAUAGUAAUCAACAGAAUAUUGUUCCUAACAAUGCACAGAAUAGCGAGAGGCGGAACACUAACAAAUCAUCGCCAAACAAAUCGUCUCCAAACAUUGACAUCGGAAAUCGACCCAACAAGAAAUUUGAGUCAUCAAAAAUUGCAUCUGACGAGGAGCAAAACAGUAAUCGACCCAACGUUGAUGCUGAAGAUUGCGAGUCAUCGUCGGACACAGAAUCUGAGCCCGAGGAAGACUGGGAACGACAUGAAGCACUCCACGAUGACGUGGAUUGUCAGGGUCGGACGAAGGAGAGAUUGUUUGAGAAUAAGAUUGAAUUGAAAUGGGAGAAAGGAGGCAGUGGGUUGGUCUUCUAUACUGAUGCAGCCUACUGGGACAGUCUGAGUGGGGAUUUUGAUGAACAAACUGCGGAUGACUGGGAUAUUGACAUGAGCAUCUAUGAAAAAGGAGGUGAGUCUUGCUAUUGAAACAGGACCAUAAUAAUGAGAAAUGAAACUGGUAUACAUGUUCAUAGAUUCCAACAUCUUAACCCAUUGAGCACCAGACUGAGUCAUUUCCCCUCGACAAGUUAAAUCAUCUGGCAUUAGACAGGGCAAAAUAAUCUGAAGUCAAAACAGAGUAGGACCUUCGCUUGAAAGGCCAAUGACGACAAAGGCCUUUGCAUAUGGUAACUUUAUUGGUUUAAAUAACACAAUGAUAAGUUUUGGUCAUGUUUAUUUAGGAUAUUGAAUUGACUUUAGAUGCUGGAAUUUUUUAAAACAACAAAAUAUGUGUACAUGCAAUUUGUAUAAAACUAGAUUACCAGUACUCAGUUCUUUUAAAUAUUUUGCUUGGCAGGAUAUGGUGACAGGCAUUCAAAAGCUCUGAUGGACAUGAGAAUUGCAGAGCAACGACGUUUGGACAUUGAUGACACGUCAAAGAUUGGAGACUUUGAGAAACACACAAAAGGUUUUGGCAGCAAGGUAAUGAAGAGCCAAGGUUGGACCGAGGGUUCCAGUUUGGGUAGCUCUCAAGUUGGUAUCACCGAACCAGUACCUAACGAAGGCCAAUUACCAUAUUGUAAAACAGGGCUUGGAUAUUAUGGUGAAAAAUUAGACCGACACAUCAAGAGGCCUCGUGUCGAUAAAGAGGUUAUAAUAUCGACGGUGUUUGACGAAAGAGCCAAUGAAAAAGUUUCAACGCCUCUGCAAUCUGCAGGGCCAUUUACGUUAAAAUAUCGGCGUAAAAUGCCGGAUUUUGUACGGCAAGGGGAUAAGAAAGUAUUAGACAAAUUUGCAUUGUCAGGGGAAAAUAGUUCAACACUAAAAUAAAAAAUAAUUUAUUUACUAAAUUGGAUAUCAAUAUUCCACUACAUUACAUCAUCUAACUCCCUCACUACAACAGAUUAUUGUGCCCUAUAAAAAAAUACAUAUUUGUACAACAUGUUCAACACUGAGAAGUCAGUUGGCUAGUACACUACAUAUAUGUAUGUUGUAUGUUAAAGUUGUGUUGUGUUGCAUAAUUUCACUCAGUUGACUAUUUUUUGCUUGCCCCAAUAUAUACCUGUACAAAUAUACACAGUGUUUAACAUAUUCACAUUGGAGUCUUAUCAUACAGCAUCAUGACUCCCUCUGCUCUCUCCAAAUCUUAACAUAUUCACAUUGGAGUCUUAUCAUACACCAUCAUGAAUCCCUCAGCUCUCUCCAAAUCUGUCUCGUACUUGCUGUGAAUGGAACUAAAGCCAUCUGCAAUGUCUUGGGCGAGGCAAGCUGCCUCACGUUCAGACAACAUCAUACGAGGAUCAGCUUGUCCAUCAAGUGCUGCUUGAUGCUGUUGAAAAAUAUUCACUUUGGUUCGCAGUUCCAUUAACGCCUCUCUGCUUUCUCGAGUUUUUCUGAUUCUGGCAUCCUGCCUUCUCUGUAGAAAAAUUACUAUGAUGACAAGACUGUCCACAUCUCUUGCUAGCCAUUAAAUCACAAUAAUGGCAAUGCACCUAAUUUGCUAUUUUUCUCUGUCUAAAAAUUCAUGAUGUGACUUGUCAAUGGGAAACAUAUUUGCCAUUGCAUAGGGUGAAGCGGUUAAUUGAAAACCUGAAAAAGCCUGUGGUUUUUGAAGACUAAUUCAACUGUAUAUUUUGACACUGUAAUAAUAUAUAUGUAUAUUUUGACACAAGUUAUAAGAAUUGGUUUGAUCUGGGUUUUCUUCCUAUAUUUUUUACUCACCCUAAGUUCGCUACUUUUAAAUGGCAUACCAGUAAUUAUGAAGGAUACAAACCAGUCUCCGUUCAGCUGCUUUCCGUUGUUUUUCUUCCAAUUUUAAAGCAACCAUCUCCUGGUUUUCUGCCUUCAAGUCCUUCUUCUGUAAGCUGGCUAUUGCUGGCUUCUUUUUACACUUCUUUGAACCCCCUACAUCAUCAAAUGGUAUCUCAAAUGCAACACCUUCAUGUUUUUGUCCAUGAGCUUCUGAAGAAAAAUUAGAUGAUGGUUUAUUCUUUACUGGAAUUUCAGCUGGCUUCUUAGUUCCUCUCUGUGUAUUUUUGGUCGUUUUUGAGCUUUUCAAAGCCUUUUGCCAUUUGGUUUCAGGCAAGUGACUCAUUUGGCAUCUUCCUUCGUCAACUUUGAGAUCCAUAUUAAGCAGCUGUAGCCUCAUCUCGUUAAACCCUUUGACGAUAUCGUUAGCAGUUUUAAGGAUUUCUCUUCGAGACAUCAUGGAGACUUCGUUAGGGUUUGCUACUUUUCCAGUUCUUAACGACUGUUGUUGUAGUAGUAUGUCUACACUGCAUGCAAGUUUUCUGGUUGAUUCCUCUCGCUCGUGCAUUCGUUUCAACCUUGCCUCUAAUCUUGCCU